UUGUUUGGAGAGGAUGCAGACAGCUGGAUGCGACAGAGGUUCUCACAGACAAGCUGGCGCCAGGCUUUCACACAAUCACAGGAUAUGUAAAGACUUCAAUAACGACCCAUUAGGCCUAAUGAUUGACAAUCGAUCAGGCGUUAACGCUCAUGCAUAUGUUAAUGCAGUCCUGAGACGGCCUAUAUAUUGGGGGUCCCUUCGGGCGACCUUGCAGACACUCUUGGAUUGUACUCGGAUAAUAAACACUCGCGUUGACUUGACUGAGAAACAGACAGCAAUCAUGGUGAAGAACUUUUCUGCGGACUGGCUCGCCCAAAGCUUUCAUGCUGCCGCUCCCGAUGAUGUUCCAGAGCCGGAGAAGAAGCGCCACAGGCCUCACGUGCCCUGUUUGGCUCAACCGAGACCUCCAACAUCAUACGACAAGAUUUACGUGCAGCCUAAACCAAAGGUCGCCAAAGUUGAGCAGAAACCAGAGUCCAACAGCGUGCCAAAAGAAAAAGAAGCGCUUGUUCCAGUUGCGCCAAGACACUGCUCGUCUCCAAGCAUUUCAGAGAACAGUGGAUACUCUUCAGGAUACGAGAGCGAAGCGGCCGCGUCAGAGUGCGCAUCUGUUGAAGACGGACACGAGCUGGAGAAAGAGGCCGUACAGCGCCGAAUCCGAACCAAAUUCACUCCAGAGCAGAUCGACAAGCUCGAGAAAAUCUUCAACAAGCACAAAUACUUGGACGCAGGAGAGAGAAUAAAAACAGCUCUUAAACUGAAUCUAUCCGAAACACAGGUCAGAACCUGGUUCCAGAACCGUCGGAUGAAGUUGAAGCGUGAAGUGCAGGAGAUGCAGGCGGAUUAUUUUCUCCCAGCUCUGGUUCUGCCUCACGUGCACCCGGGGGUCCAGUAUCACUGUUACGACAGACAACGCUUUCAGUUUCCUGCACAAGUGCUUGCAUCAGUGAUGCAUCAUCAUCAGAUCUCUGCACAACACAGGAUUCCACAUCAUCACAUGAUGAUGCCUCAGCAUUACUACUGACAC